GCGCCUCCGAACCUCGACCCGUCAACGCGCCGGAAACCGAAAUCAGUCCGCAACUUGCAUUUCGCAUCAACCGGCCCUCAACAAAGGCCACCUCAACCGCAACUCACCCUGCCUCGAACCACAACUUCCUGAACCGUUUCUCCCCCCGCAUCCAAAUUUUAUCAUACACCACAAAACGUACCAUCGAGAACUGCCGACUGUAGCGAGAACAACUGACCGACCGCCGGUCAACACGCAAAGAUGGAUUACGAUCCGAUGGUGAUGGACGACGCCGAGUCCCUGGGACCGGUCGUCAAGAUCUCACAAGCGGACAACACCCGAGUCAAGUUUGAGCUCUCCAACACCGAGCUCAGCUUCGCCAACUCCCUUCGUCGCGUCAUGCUUGCCGAGAUUCCCACGAUUGCCAUCGAUCUAGUCGAGAUCGAGGCCAACAGCUCCGUUUUGGCCGACGAAUUCAUUGCCCACCGCCUGGGCCUGAUUCCACUCAACGCCGAAGGUAUCGAGCAGCUUCUGUAUUCUAGGGACUGCGACUGCGACGAAUACUGCGAGCAUUGCAGUGUGACCCUCAACCUUCACGCCAAGUGCACUGGCGACGACAUCAUGCAAGUCUGUGCCCGCGAUCUUGUUCCAGUCGGCGAUCGCGUCAACCAAGUUCUCGGCUCGCCUAUCAUCAAUGAUCCUGAAGGCCAAGGUCCCCUCAUCCUCAAGCUUCGUCACGGUCAGGAGAUCAAGCUCCAAUGCAUCGCGAAGAAGGGUAUUGCAAAGGAGCAUUCCAAAUGGGCCCCAAGUGCCGCCAUCGGCUUCGAGUACGAUCCUCACAACAAGCUGCACCACCUCGACUUGUGGUAUGAGCAGGAUCCUAAGAAGGAGUGGCCUCCUUCGGAGUACGCCGACUGGGAGGAGCCUCCCCAGGAGGGCGAACCGUUCGAUUACGAUGCCGUACCACAACGCUUCUACUACAACGUCGAAACCGCCGGUCCUAUUCCCCCUGAUGCUAUUGUCACUGAAGGCAUCAAGGUCAUCCAGCAGAAGUUGGCUGGUCUGAUCCACGAACUUACCGAAAGCGAUGGUGGUGAGAACGGAUACAACGGACCGCGCAGCCCAGGCUACAACGAAGGUGGCGACAACUGGAACGACCAAGGAUCGUUUACGCCAUAUGGAAACGGAGGAAACCAGAGCUCUUGGGGAGGUCAGGGAGGUACCACGCCCUACGGAGCGACUCCCUACGGAGGCGGCCAAAACCCUUGGUCUUGAGCAUCAUAUGCUUACAGUUUACGAUUUGCGACGUCAAUUACUCCUCCUGAUGGCUUGCGAGGUCAUUGCGCCUGUCUUUUCCGGGAGGUUUUGGGUAUCUGCGGUAUCUUUGCGGCGCGAGUUCGAGCUGCGCACUUCGAUUAACAACACAACACUUUUACCAUUCAAACAAGAUUGAGAUUCGCAUUCCUAUACACACACUCGCGCCAUCACCACCAGCUCAGCAUCUACUUAGUAAUCGUGGCGCCUCCGUCUCUUACUGCGGGGACCGUAACUCAACCACACUUUGUGGCUGAGGCCCACGGAACGGAUCAGGGCCAAAUAUCGGACUUUUGGCGCUAGGCACGAGCCGCCACGUCAAGGUCAAUUUUGGGGGAAACUGGGAAAAGGAACUUUGGGAGCUGGAUCUUGACAUUAGGGGAGAGGAGAGAGGCGCAUUCUGAAGGGAUUCAAGUCAGGGCGAGAGGAACCAGAGCAUAUCUUAUUUGAGCGUCCCUCGUCCAGACACCACAUAUACUAGGCAGCGGAACGAGGACAGCUCUCUCUGUUAUUGGCACCCUGCAAAUGAUCUAUCGCACAAUUGCGAGGUAUAGACAAAAGGUGAAUAUAGUUACCAUGGUCUGGCGACUACAUAGGGGACCAAAAUACCCAAAAAAAACAUUCAUAAACGGUUCGAAAGUGCGAGGUUCAUAAAAAAUCAAGAUGCCAUUCUCGCCGGUUGC